GCCAACUUUUUGACAAUAUUACAUAAAGACCCAAAAAAUAGUUGAAACAAUUCUCAUAGCUCCAUAUUCAUUGGAUUCUAGCAUAACACCACUAGCCACCAUGGAUUCGCUCUCUGUAGUCUCGCCCUCUUUAGUUCUACCCCCAAAUAAUCCCCUUUGUCCUCGACCUCGCCAAAUGGGUUUCUAUAUUUCUUGUCGUUUACAGAAUCAAAGUCGUCGUUCUUGUUCUUUCUUCGGUACGUGCCUGAGCUCACCCAUGAAGCUUUCUAGGAGAUCAUGGAGGCGAACUUCUAGCAAAUCAGACGGUGGUGGAACCACUAAUGAGGACAAAGAUGAUAAUGGGACGGAGGAGGUGGAGAGAGCGCUUCACCUCGAUGGAACAAUUCCUGGGACUUCAGACGAGUUCGUGAAGCAGGUCUCAUCACGUGCUACGAUGGAUGGAAUCUCUCGCCUUCAGGGGUUUUCAUAUUCGACCAAGUUUGAAAAUAGCUAUUAGUGGUGGUAAGGUUCGUGGAUGCUUGGAGAUUGUGUAUCGAUGGUGAAUGGAUUCAAGGAGUCGAGAAUUCGAUUUCGAGGAUGUAGUCUUUUAUUUAUGGGUUUAUGUGUAAUUUUUCCGCACUUUCUAUGUAACUCCUUUAUUUUAAAUUAUGUUUUGUAUUUAAGACAAUGGGAUCCCAUAUCCUUCUUGAUAUUUUUGUAAGUAACUCUUAUUUUUACAAGUUACCUAAUAAAAAUUAUGGUAUUUUCGCAA